AGAUCCAAGUUUACCGGCUGGUCGUCGAAGGGAAAUUGACAGUGUGAUGAAAAAAGCUCGAGCUUCACCGAAUUCAUCAACAUUUUGGGAUAAAAAAUUGUUAGAAGUGGAAGCAAAAGAUCCAAACAGAAGGUGGAGACAUAGCGGUUACAAAUCACUUUACUUGGAUGGUUCCUCAUCACCAUCUCCACGUCGUACAAGAUCUCGCUCCCCGGUAACCCGUCGAUCCCCACGUUCUCCUCGUUCACCCCCAUCUCGUCGUUCCCCCAUUGGUAGACGAUCACCAAGAUCACCCCCGAGAAGAUCUCCAAUGAGUCGGCGUUCACCAAUAACUCGUCGAUCACCUAUUGGGCGAACAUCUACCGGUCGAAGAUCAUCUCCACCAAGAAGACCUGGACGUCCACGAUCACCUCCAACUCAUAAAUGUAGGAGAUCACCCUCUGCGAGUUCAGUUAGUAGCUGUUCGGAUGAUUCCUGUUCGGUUUGUUCACCGAAACAUCAUAAUAGACACGCACAUAGAUCUAGGUCGAGGUCGCCGGCUCCGCGCCCGCGUGGAAAAGUUCCGGUAAAAACCCGAUCGCCGCCGUCGUCUUCCGUAAAAUCGUCGCGAUCGCGUCCUCGUCCCGCUUCGCCGUCGCCGUCACCACCCCCGCGACGCGUACCUCGUCCUAUGACACCGCCUCCUACUAAUAGGAGACCUAUGAGAGCUGCUUCGACGGAUAAACCAACGGACCCUAGGAGGAGACCCCCGCCUCCAAGACCGAGGAAUAGUACCGGAGAAGUUAUUAAUUUAACAGGAGUUAAACCGCCCGCGCCAGGUGGAAAUAAAAGUUCCGUAAGGGUUAAACCAAAAGAAAAGAUUUCUUCUGAACCGGUUUUAUUGACAAAAAUUAAGAAGGAAAAAGUAAAGAAACGUCCUGGAUCUCCUGGGGGUGAUUCAUCUUCAGAUGAAAGUUCGACGUCUUCAACAUCUCCGAUUGUGGCAACGACAAGGUUAACACUAUCAGAGAGGUUUGGAAAAAUGGCACAGUGGAGUGUUGAUAGGGAACGGAGAGAUAUCGAAAAUAUGAGAAUUACUAAAACCGGUGGGGCUUUAAAGGUUAUGAUUGAACCUGAUGAUUAUCUUUUUGGAACUCCCCCACGGAGAUAUAGGUAAAUAAAAUUGUUAAAAUUACAGAGGCCUGCGAACAAAUAA